AUGGCCAAGUCCAGCCGUUCGAAAUGGAAGAAGAUGCACCGCCGCCAGCGGGCGCAGGCGGAGGCGACGAACACGGUGAAGCGCAUUUGCCUGCUGAACAAGAAGCUCAAGCUCACUGUCAAGGGCGGCAUCAGUGCCGUGCCGCCGCAGGAGCCGGAGAAACGCUUCCACUUUCUCAACCCGGUGCUGGACUCGCGUGUGCCGAACACGCGCAAGAACCUGAACAACAACUACCGUGCUGAGCUGAACCACGUCGAGUACGACUACACAAAGCCCCUGAAGCUGGCGCCGCCGAAGACCAACAUGUACGGCAAGACGGACGUAGACGCGCCGCACCCGAUGACGGUGAUGUACGAGACGAUCGACGCCGACACGCCGUUGGCGGGUCACGCGCUGACCAAGGCGGACAUGGAGCGGCUUGCGCGUCGGCAGGCGCAGCAGGAGAGUGAGGCGUCUGCCGCUGUGGCUGAUGCGGAGAAGGAUGCCAGCAAAGAAGACGGCGACAACGCUGACGACGGCCCGGAGGAAUACGUAUUCGGCAUGGAAGACGCCGCGCCGCGUCGUGCGCGCGGGCAACACAAGACAAGUGCCAAGAAGAAGGGGUCUGUGGCGCCGAAGGCAUUGAAGGGCGCCGCAUCGGCCUCCGUCGGAGCCUCUUCAUCCGUGUCGGAGACCGGCUCCAGCAGCCGCAUGCUCGCAGCGGCGGCAGCCGCGAUGACCAACGAAGAGGAAGAGGCCGAUCAUCGCACCCGUAAUGGCGGCGUGACGGCGGUGAACAAGAUUGCGAGCAUGCAAACAAUGCGAAAGAAGAACGGCACGAUGGUCUCCGCCGGUGGUGCGUCGAAGAUGAAGAAGGUGGGGCAGCUAGGCGGCUCGAGCGGCACCCGUGUUGUGAGCAGCGGCGGCAAGGUAGCGCGGAAGGACGUGGGCAACGCGAAGAGCGGCAGCAAGAGGUAG